AUGACGGCCGUUGUGAGCACGGCGCCGUUCGCGGUUGUCGACCCCCUCGCCCAGAAGGUCAAGGAGAGUGCAGCCGUCAAUGUGAACGAAAUCGACGUCAGCAACACCGACAGGUUCAUGGUCCACUCGCCAUACACGGAUCCGGAGCACUUGCUAGACCUCGAAACUCUCGACGACGAGAACGCCCUCCUCGCCAGGGCAUUGUCUCAUAUGAAGUGCCUUCGUGCGGACUACGCCACAGCCGACUACGUCGAGUCCUUCAAUUGGGGGGAAGUCAUGGGUGAACUCAAAAACCUUGUCCAAUCCACAGGAAAAACGUUCAAGGAAACUUCCUUUUACAUUGUCGCGUUUCGCUCAACGAUUCCGCCGUCGACAGUUUACGAAGACCUCGGCGUUCUGGACAAGGCAGCGCAUGCUGAGGCCAACCAAUUUGGAGGGUUCCUAAAGGCAAGCCGUGCGACAGCGUCCAUGUACUCGUUCUGGCGGAUCGACCGACACCGAUUGGUCGUCCGUGAUGGCGCUGAGAGCUGGGAAAUCGUCAACUGGGUUGACUAA